GCCGCGGCGGCAUGUUCGCGCUGGAGCAGUUCGAGCCUCCGGGCAGCAGCGGCAGCAGGAGCGGCGCGCCGGGAGAGCGCGGCGGCGGCGGCGGCGGCUUCGCGCAGGGUAUGAGCUCGCACUUCAAGCCGUCGCCUUUCCACCACGGCGGGACUCCCGGUGCCGAGCCGGCCCUGAGCGCCCUCGGCCAUGAGUCUCCCUCGGCCAUGCUGGCCAUGAACUUGAGCUUGCCGGGGGACGCGUACAGCUUCCACGCCCGCGGGGGCGGCCCCUCGGAGCUGCAGCAGGCCCAGCCCGCCCACGGCUUCUUCGGCAACCAGCAGCCCUCUCACAGCGCCCACCAGCCGCCGUCGCACUUCGGGGGCGGCUUUGGGCCGGAGCCCAGCACCUCUUGCCUGCACGGCGGGCGUCUCCUGAACUACCCGGGCGGCCAGCAAGCCUUCACGGCCGACGGCUACGAGCAGCACCUCGCGGACAGCCAGGACGGCGGCGGUGUCAGCAGCGGCGGCGGCGGCGGCUUCGGGCAACAGAGGGCGGGUCCCCUGCAGGACUUCCAGCCGCCCCCGCCUCAGCAGCAGCCGCACAACCCCGGCGUGCCGGCCCCCUGCCUCCCGCUGGACCAGUCGCCCAACCGCGCCGCCUCCUUCCAUGGCUUGCCAGGGGCCAGCUCCGCGGAGUCGCACGGCCUCGACUCGCAGAGGCGCCUCCCCAGCCAAGGAGCCGCAGCCUUGGAGCCGCUGGAGUACAGUUACCCGAGCAGCGAAGCCCACUUCGACCUGCCUGUCUUCUCGCCGUCGGAGGCCGACGGGCAGCUGCCCCACUACGGAGCUGGUAGGCAUCAGGUGGCGGCGGGCGGGGGGAGCUUCCCCGGGCCCUCCUCGGCCUUGGCCCGAGCGCCGGGCGGCGGCAUGGGCCCCAUGGCCAAGGUUCACCCCCACCAGCAGCAGCAGCAGCAGCAACAACAACCACCACACGGCGUCUUCUUCGAGAGGUUCGGCGGCGCUCGCAAGAUGCCGGUGAGCCUGGAGCCGGGCCUGAGCGCCAGGCAUCCCUUGAUGCAGCACCAGCCGCCGCCGGCCCUGCUAGGCAGGCAGAACUCCUGCCCGUCUGCUCUCCCGAGGCCGCCGCCGCCGUGCCCUGAAGGCAGCGCCGCCAACCCAGGCUUGCAGGACGGCGGCGCUCCGCUCUUGCAAGGCCAGCACGCCCAGUUCGAGUACCCCAUCCACCGGCUGGAGAACAGAACCCUGCAGCACCCCUACGGGCCUGGCGAGCCGGUCUUCAGCGUGCACCACCAUCCGCCCCAGCCGCCGCCCCCCCACAACCAGCGGCUGCAGCACUUCGAUGCGCCCCCCUACAUGAACGCAGCCAAGCGGCCGCGCUUCGACUCUUGGAGCGGCGGCGGCGGCAUGCACGGGGCUAGUCUGGAGAGCCAUCUUUCGCCUUCCUCCUACACGGGCCUUCCGGGGGACUUCACGCCGCCGGGGCCCGACAGCUUCCCCGCAGGGCCUCCUCUCCAGCCGCCGGCGGGCGCCGACCACCAAGCGGCCCUGCAGCAGCAGCGCCAGAACGCCGCCCUGAUGAUCAAGCAGAUGGCCGCCUCCCGUGGCCAGCAGCAGCAGCAGCAGCAGCAGCGCCUCCGCCAGCCCAGCCUGCAGCAGCUCGGCCACCAUCACCAGCAGCAGCACCAUCACCCCCACGGCGAGCCCGCCUUCGAGGCGCAGGAAGGGGCCUGGUUUCCCGCGCCGCCUCACCCCGCCGCUGCAGGCCCCGGGGACCUGCUCUUCCGGCCGGGGGUCGGCGGGAUGCCGGGCUUGCAGGAGCCGCCGCUUCGGAUGCCCUCGGGGGGCGAAGGACACGUGCCCUCGCCGGGCAGCCUGCACGGCCAGUUCGGCCUGAGCCCGCCGUCGGAGCGGAGGCCAGGUCCCGACUUCGCCGCCCAGCAGGGCUUCCCCUUCGGCGGCGCUUCCAGCCGCCAGGCCACCCCGCACAGCGCCUCGCCGGGCUCCUACGGCCCCUCGACGGACUUCCAGGCCUCCGGUCCCCCUCCGGCGCCGCAGCCCCGGCAGCCUCCGGCCAGCAGUAAGCUGGGCGCGCUCUCCUUGGGCUCCUUCCCCAAGGGGGGCGGCGCGGGGCCCGGAGUCGGGGCCCCGCCGGGGGGAGGCGGCGGCGCGGGCCCCAAGGAGAGUAGCGGCCUCUUCGGGCAGAGCUGCCUGGCGGCCCUGUCCACCGCCUGCCAGAACAUGAUCGCCAGCCUGGGCGCGCCCAACCUCAACGUCACCUUCGGCAAGAAGGGCGCGGUGGCGGCGGCGGCGGCAGCCGGGGCUGGUGGCGGCGUCGGGGCCGGUGAGGGCGGCAAGCGCAGCAAGCUCAGCCCGGCGGAGCCCCCCGAGCCGGGCAGCGCUGGGCCCCCGCCGCUUCCUCCUCCGCCGCCCCCGUCGGCUGAAAGUGGCUUGUCCCCAAACUACUCGCCCGGGCCGGGGGCCGACGUCAAGGUGGGAGGCGGGCGGGGCAGGGGCCGCAGGAAACGAGACAGCGGGCACGUCAGCCCGGCAGGCGGCGGCGGCGGCUACUUUGACAAGUUCGGCCCGACAGGCGGCGCGGAGGGCGGCAGCCCCGGGCAGGGGGGCGAGCGAGCCGGGCCCGGAGGCGGCACCACCCCCACCACCCCGCACCUCCACGAGCCGCACAACAAGGCGCUGAGCUCCCCGCCCUCGGCCUGGACCAAGGGUGGCGGCGGCGGCGGCAGUAGCGCCGCCGCCGAGCUGCUCCUGCCCCCGCCGCCCCCGGAGCCACCGGAGCUGCUGCCUCCCUUGGACAAGGCGGACUCUUGCUCCCCGCGCAGCGGAGACUUCCCCGACGAGGCCGGCAACGAAGACGAGGUGUCGUCGAGCUCCGACAACCAGCUGCCCAAAGGCCCCGGCCGCAGCCCGCUGCAACCCCGGCCGGGGGACCCUUCGCUCCUCAACGGACAGAAAGCCGCCUUGGCGCAGCUCGGCCUGCACGGCGGCAACGCUACCUCCAGCCCGGACAGCUACGGCGGCGCCCCUCCGACCAGCACCACCAGCGCCCCUGUGCAGGAGGAGAUCCACCCGCUGGAGAUCCUCCAGGCGCAGAUCCAGCUCCAGCGGCAGCAGUUCAGCAUCUCCGAGGACCAGCCGCUGGGCCUGAAGAGCUCCAAGAAGGGGCCCGACGGCGGGGGCGGCGGCGGCGGCAGCGCGGGACUCCAGAAUGGCGACAGCGGCGACCUGAGCAGCUGUUGCGGCGGCGGCGAGAGCAACAAGGGCGCCAUGAGCACCAUCGACUUGGACUCGCUGAUGGCCGAGCACUCCGCCUCCUGGUACCUGCCUGGCGACAAGGGCCUGCUGGAGGGGCCGGACGAGCAGGAGGAUGACAAAGCAGCCCUGGCGCCCUGGGAAAAGGCCAAGCCCGCCAACCCCAGCAAAGAAGCCCACGACCUCCCCCCGAGCAAGACCUCGGCCGCCGCACAGACAGGCAGCCACUUACAGUGUCUUUCUGUCCACUGCACGGACGACAUGGGCGAGGCGAAGGGCCGGACUGCCGUGCCGACGUGGAGAUCCCUGCACUCAGACAUCUCCAACAGAUUUGGGACUUUUGUGGCUGCCCUGACUUGAAGGAGGAAGAAAAAUGGGAUUUUUUUCUUUUCUUUUCUUUUUAUGUUUAAAGGGCCGCUCCUGCUAGUUGGACUAUUUUUCUAGGUUGGUACCUGCUUAGCGGCAUAGAGACUGGAAAGGGUUAAUUUAAAAUAAAGCUCACCUUGGUAUUUUUUUUUUUAAAUCUCCCACCAUGGUAUGUUACUACUGCUGACCUCUGCAGUUGGCCAUGCUCCGUAAGAUGCGCCUGCUCGAAAGAUUGGUCCCCAUAACUCUGAUCUUGGCGUCCGUUUCUAGUCGAGGCCUUUCCCACUUCCGUCGAUGUCCAAGUUGCGUGUGUCGUACUGAGACAAAACGCGUUUCCUUUCUACACACAUUUCCUUUGUUUCCAUGCUGAUUAAGAUGGAAAUCCUGAAGAUCAGCUCCAGGAAUACGCGCCGCCCCCUUGAAGUGAAAUUGCCACCCUGAAACCACCCGGUGACAUGGAGCUGCUCUCCUCCUGCGUGGCCUGCAGGCCAAGCUGCCACUGCUCACUCAAGGGUCCAGGCUGUGCUUUGUCUUUCCAGAGCGAGAAAGUGGGGAGGGGAGGCGGCGGCCUUGGGGAGAGGCAAGCGAGCUGCUCCCCUGUUCUUCUUGAACAGCAGGGGGGCAGGCGCAGACCCAUCUCGAAAUGACAGCUUCACUCCCAAUGCUCCAAAGAUCCAGUUGGUAGCAGAGUCUUUCCCUCCCUCCUCCCCACUGCUGUCUUGGUGAUGCUGGUCAUCUUGGGGGGUGAAGGGGGCAGGGCAGGGGGGAAGCAGAGGCCGUCUCCACCACAUAUGGUUGUUCCUGGUUUCAUGGCCAGUGUCGCUGCAUUGAAGAAAUGGAAACCGGGGGCUUCUCUCUGAAGGCAGCCCUGCAGGAGCUCUCUCCUGGCGGCUUGUGGAGAGGGCUGAGCACGCAGGACAGGGCCUCCCCCUGGCCUGGCUGCUUUGUGCUGGGAAAGCCCCUCAGGUGCUCCUCAUUCAUCGGAAGGAGACGCUGGGGGUGGGAUUCCUAAGCAACAGGCAAGCUGCCUUUGUGCAAGCCAUCUGGCCCUUGGUGGGGUCCUGUGGGCAGAGGAGAGGCCGCCAAGGGGGCCGUGAGAGGGACAGACAUGGAAAGCCAUCGCCAGGCCCUGCGACGGGACUGUCUGCAGGCGCCUCUUUCAGGGCCCACAAAGCGAGAGUUCCUGGACUUUGCCUCUGGGCAGGGGUGGGUGGAGAGGCGGAUUGGGAAAGGCAGGGUGGUGGUCCUUGGAAAGAGCCAUGCUUGAAACUGCUUUCAUGUUUGGGAGCCUGGCCGGUGGUCGGUGGCUCCCACCGCCUUGGUUUCCAGCUCCUGCUGCUUUUGUCAUGUGCUUCAGCUCUCACGCCCGCCCGCCCGCCUGCUCUUCCCCUCCUUGCUAGCUAGCUAGCUGCUGCUGCUGCUGCUUUGAGCCCCUGGAGACAGAGUUGUGCCGCCCUGAGAACCAGCAGGGCGCACAGGCUGAGCAGAACACGUUGGCUCAGCACGGCUCGGACCGGGAUGCCGGUCUGGGUUGGAGGCCUAGUCGUUCCCUCCUUGGACCUCCCCGUGUUGUGGGUCUCCCUCACCAACGGGGCCCAACAGGGUUAUGCCUCUGCCAAGGAGAGUCCAUGCCAGUUGGGUCCAUCUCUACUGUGAGGAAGCUCACUCAUGAGGCUCCACAUGGAUUGGUUUCCUCUGCUUCUCCCUCACAGGUGGCCUUUCCCUGAUUCUCUUAUUUAAUCAUCAGCAUGGAGAGGAGUAUCUCCCGUUCUCUCUUCAACUCAGAAGGAAUUUCCAAGUCUGCAGAGACUUCUGUGAAACUAUUUUCUCGUAGCAAAAACUAGAUUUUGUCCUUUUCCUCUCCCUGUGUGAUUCAGAGCCCCGCUUCAGCUGGCCAGAGUCUACCCACAGGUGGGUCCCAGGGCUUGCUGUGCACACUCUCUCGGCUCUGCCCAGUGGCUGUUUCCACGUGUCACCCUGCUCUUCUUUCGGUAAUGCCCCCACAGCAGAGGGCUGGGCAGCAGAUUGGCCCAAAUGAGGAGGUGGGCCCUUGGGCGGGACUCUUGGGUGGAUAGCUGGAGCAAGACAGCUGAGAGCGCCCCCGCCCCGAGAUCUCAGAGAGCCUGGAGUGACCAGUGGCCCGUGCCAAGUGAGGAGGACUCUUGGUCCAAUUCAGUGUCCCUUUCUUUUUACCAGAAGAGGAUUAAAAACCUCAGUUUUCCUUAAACAACCACCAACUGAACACAAAAUGAAAUUAAAAUGUUAGAAGAAUAAAUGCAAUAUAAUGUUAAUAAUAAGUGGGAACUUUAAAAGCCACCCAAUAGAUUACAAUUUCAUUCAGGCAACUGAAAAAAUUAUUUCCAAAGACUGGUUUUCAUUGCUAGGAAAUAACUAUUUUACAGCCAAAAAAACAAAACACGUCAUUGGCAAAUCUUACCAAAUGCUCUGCUAGCAGCCGCCUUGCGAGCAAAAAUUCUGCAGUGUGCUUAACUGUAUGCUGAGCUUCCCCUGACUUGGCUGGGAAUCGCGGGAAGCCUGCUGCAGACCCUCCACUCGGAUACUUGUGGCCAGAGGAGAAUCUGUGCUCCUCCUCUGGAGAGGUUCGAAGGCAGGUCUGGGACUUGGCCAAGGCUCGAGGUCCCAGUGCUCAGCUUGGCUAAUCCAAGACUCCUGGGAAUCGGGCCCUCUAGUAGAGCCACAGUCCAAAUCACGGUAACUUGCUCUGACAUGGGUCCGAUUCUCUGCAAGUGGCAGCACCCCUUUCCCUAGAAUUAGAUUUCACCCGUGGAAGGGGCCCAGUCCAGAAUUGUUUCUCUGAUGGAGAAGAUAGCCUAAAAUGUUUAUCAGACGUAAGUUAGAAACCUUGAACCCAAACUUUUCCAGAGAUCAAAAUUAGAUAAAAAAUUAAAGUCUGGGAGAUCUGCAACCCGUGGUGUGGCCUGCAUUCGCUUCCCCCAAACAAUCACAACUUUAAAAACAGAUUUCCAAUGCAAAGAAAGAGAGCGCGAAUCUUACUAUUGAAUUUAAUUCCUGGAAAAGAAAUCUUCUCCCCAGCUGUUGGCAAAAUCUCUACUAGGUAGCGAACUUGGUCUGACAAAUGUAUUUGCACAUGUAAGAUAUUAAUGUGGAGGGCAAUCUGUAACCGACCCUUCCCCCCCUCCCCCCUUUGGGACUUUUGUUUUGAAUUCAUUUCUCAAUGCUUGGUUGGAAGACUGUGAGAAAAGCUCAUGGGAAAGUGAGUGUUAUUUUCUUUCUUUCUUUAAAUAUGUAAAGUGCAGUCUUCUGUAUUCAUGCAUAUUGUAUAUAUCUGUAUAUGUUUUACUGAACAACUAAAUAACAAUAAAUAUGAUGUUAAUGGUG